AGAAAUCAACAAAGAUUUAUAUCUAGAGCUGUCUGAAUGUUUCACCUCUCUCCCUUUGUCUCGUGUUUUUUGCGUCAUCACGGAGGUACUUUAUUUUGUAAAAAAUGGCGGGGGGAAUUACUUUGCGUUCUUCACCUCGUAAGUCACUGGAAAAAAAUGGUUGUCAAGAGGAGACCCGGUUUUCAGGGCUAGAAUCGGAAUGGUUAUCGUUUAGCGCCGUGGAGGAAGAACUUGUUAAUACUUGGGUUCUGAAGUUUUACUUACUUGCAGGACUGCAAUCUUUCCGGGAGGGGAGGUAUCAAGACUUUCAACAGAUUCGGGACAUAAUCCAGGCUCUUUUAGUGCGGCCACUACAGAAAAAGUCAUCUGUCUUCAAGAUGCUUCGGAUGAUGCAGUUCCUUUCUAGAAUUAAUGAGGGAGAAAACUUGGAUUGCACGUUUGACACAGAGAGUGAAUUAACACCAUUAGAAUCCUCUCUCAAUGUCCUUGACCACUUAGAGAAAGAGUGCAUUGUGAGUGAGAGCUGCACAGCAAAGAUCAAGAAUGCAAUCAAAGAAAUGGCUGUUCUUGUGUGUCUUAAAAAUGCCGAGUUUGUUAAAGCUUCGGAUGUUUUGAAGCGGGUGUUUGGAAAUGACCCAAGUUUACAGGAAAUAAAAAGUCAGCUGUGCAAAUUAAUUACAAAGAAGAGCAGCCAGCAUCCCAUCUUACAGAGGUAUUCUUAUGACAGGUUUAAAAACAAAAUGCUGAAACUUCUGGUUCGUCAGAUCAAGGUGUCGGAGCCUUUUUUGUUAAAAAAGGCAAGAGAGGCUUUGGUUAAUAAAUCAGCACUCAAGGAGAAGACAAAUGGACAGUUUAACUCCGAAAAGCAAAGAGAACGAGAAAAUGAGUCAAACUCCGAAACAGAUGUCGAAGCUGCAUCAGAACCAGCAGAAAGUGACAAGACUUUGAGUCCUUCUGUCAGGCAGAGAGAGAAAAUCAACACCACCUUCAGUCGCACAGCAUUGAAGAUGUCCUUCCAAGCCUUGUCAAAGUCUGAGGACUCUGAGGUAGAAUUCAAAAAACUAGAAGAAACAAAUUUCACACCACCUCCUACUACUGGUUCUACCCAAAAUAAUCACCAGCAGAAUGAGGAAAAAGAUAUUUUAGUAAGUGCAGGUAAUGCACAACAAAAAAGACAUUUCCCUAAUAUUUCUCAGCUAGUCCAAGAAAGAGAGAGUCAAUGGGAGGAAGAAAAUGAGGGUUCGGAGCAAGAGUCCAUGAACAGGCCAUCAGUUAAUUCCAAGGAUGAGGAAGAUGAUUGCCAACAAAGUAAACAAGAGAGAAUCAGUAAGAGAACAAAUAAGGAUAUCUCCACAGAAGAUGAGAAAGAAACAUGGACUGGAGAGGAAUCACUCUUUUUCAUAAACAAACGACCUAAAAGAUCUCCAGCUCGUAGCAGUGUAGCCUCUAAUGGAAAAAAACAGAAAUGGACAGUAGAAGAAUCUGAGUGGAUCAGAAAAGGAGUGAAGCGGUAUGGAGAUGGGAAUUGGAGCAUCAUUCUGAAGAGCUAUCCAUUUGUGGGGAGGACUUCAGUUAUGGUCAAAGAUCGCUGGAGAACAAUGAAAAAACUUGGACUGGUGUAGGAGUGUAAUAUGAAAAAAAUUGGGUUGUGCUUUUAAAGCCAGCCAAGGGAAACUGUCAGGCUAUUUAUUUAUAUAAUAGCAGAAGUAAGGUCUGUCACACUGCCAUCAUAAUCGGCUCUCACAAAUAAUGACUAAAAAGGGCCCUUUGAAAGCAGAAGCUCUGAAAAAUCACUGAGGAGGGAAGAGAUUAACUGGGUUGAAAUCCAGCCAGUAGGUGUUCCUCACUUUUGUACCACUUCAGAAACUGAAUGACUCUGGUUUUGAAAUGUUUCUCUAACUUCUGAAAUGAAAUAGUAACUUAUUGAAGAGCACAGAGUGAAGUUUAUACUUUUUUACUUUCCAAGAUUAGUAAACAUCCUUGGCCUCUACCUACAGAAGUAAAGAUGCUGUUGUAAUGGAAGGAGAGAUUAGUGAAAAUGUACUUCCAGCCAUGCCUUAACAAAGGCUGCAUAUUUUGAGUUCAGUAAGAUGAGAGGAUUCCCAUUUGCCUGUCAUUUAGGGUAGUGGCAGUCAUUGACAUGUUCUUAGUCAAUACAUUACAAGGGUGAGAAAAAAUAAAACAGCAGGCGACAUAGAAUGAUACUAACUAGGUCAUCUGAUUAAUGGAAUUACUUAUCAUGCAUGCAUGUUUAAAUGGGGGUGGCCUGGUGUACAUUCACUGAAAUGUUUUCAGUAUGUAAAAGGAUUAGGAGGGGAGAGCAAAUUUCAGUUUCCAAGCACAACAUCUGAUUUCAAGGCCCUAUAAGUUUUAGCUGUCCAUACAUGGUCUGCUUUUUGACUACUGGAUAGUUCUAUCAAGGGUUACCACUUGCCCCUCUUUACACUAGUUGGGCAUUUGCUUCAUGAGAAGAAAAAAAUGGCAUUCAAAUGUCCUGAGAUUUCAGGACAAAAACUAUUUCCUAGGGUUCCUGUAAAAGCUGCAUAAAACAAUUUUUAUAUGAAACACCUUAAUAUGAUGUAAAACAGCAGAAAAUAUUCACAUUAUAGAACAGUGAGCUUUUAUUUAGUUUUUUGCAGCAAAAUGAAGUCUGGCUGUGGUACGUUACUUUUGUCACUGAUUUAAAUUGAUUUACAACUGUUGUAACCCUAUCUCAAAGAUAAGGAUAGGGUUUUGACUUUACAGAAAGAAGUCAUAUUUACAUGGUAUGUACUGUUUUGGUGUGACCCUGAAGUUUAAGGAUGUCAUUAUUCAGAAACACAAAGGUCUUAUUUUGAACUUCAAGACUGUACGGCAUUCUUCAGAUAUAAACCUGAUGCAAAAUGUGCAGCCAGUUAUCACUGAAAAAAAAAUACUGAAAAAACGUGUUAGUUGCAAGUUUAUUUUAGUUCUUCUGGAUAGUGUGUUCAUCAGACAAUCAUUACUACUAGGCUUAUAGCCAAAUUUUUACAGGUCACUUCUAAGUCUGUCACAAAAGGCAUCCUUACAGAGGUUACCCACCUUUACAAGCAUGAUGCAGGAAGUUUUUUCUUAACUUGUCCGUUUAUUUUCAUACUUUGUCCCGGACAUUUCACAGACAUUUGUUUUCCUUUGCCAACAGUUUUCAUUUCCUAUCUGAGGAGUAUCUUGUCAAUCCUAUCCUCAGUAGGAAAUGUAGAUACCAACAAAGGCAAGCAGUUAUUCUUCAUCAUUUAAGAAAGAUGCUGAUUAAAAGAUAGUUUAAUCAGUCUUGUAGAGGAAUGUUACAGGUAAAACAGCUUUUUAACAUGGAAGUUGGGAAGGUGAAUUGGCUUCUGUCUUAUCAGUUCAUCUCUUAGAAGAAGACUGCAUAUGUAACAGUUAAAUGUAUGUAAUACCUGACCAAUGUAGUUAUUUUGAGCUGUAACAUAUAUAUCACAUUACAGUUUAGAAUUUUGACAAAAUUAGUUGACUAAAUUUCAGGAAUGUCUUCUAGAAUGUGCUGCUCUGCCUAAAGGAGAAUUAGCUGUUAACCAAGCUGAGUAUGCAUAAGGUUCCUUAAGUCGUGUUUGUCCAAAUAAAAGUGUUUCAUUUCA